UUUCCCUAGCCAACGCAGGGGAUUCUGGGAGUAAAGGCUGAGGAUCAACGGGAACGUAAUAAUGGAAGGGGACACUAAACACCGAACUAUUGUAGGUGGAAACACAAAAUCCGUAAUCUACAAGCAUAUUUCUGUGAGAAGUAAAUGGUAUCACUCCUGUGUCACAAUUAUUUCGUGAAACAUCAAAAGCGCUCUCUGMAUGCGAAUGUAACUAACGUUAGCAAGUGUGGCUAGCCAGCCAUAGGUGGCCAUUGUUUUUGUUUAGUAAACGAAGUGAAAGCAAUAUAAAACCAGUGUUUUCCCCAGCGGAGGAAGGGCCCAGCAGAGGGGUAAACUGUUUGAGUAAUGCGGUUUGGUUUAUCUCGGGAAGAUGGAUGAAAAGUCCACCAACCAACACCGGCUCUAUAUUGCCCUGGUGAUGGUGUUGCUCUUUGGCGUUAUUGUGCUUCAGUACGUUUGUCCUAGCUCCGAUUGCCAGCUGUUGCACAUAGGAUCAUUGUCCUCCAGGUCGGGCGGCAAUGCCAUCGGGUCCCGAGGAGAGGUAAACGACAUUGGCCUCAGUGGAAAGGACCCGUACGUCGCMGAGGACGGUGCCCUAGUCCGGUUCGUUCCCCGCUUCAAUUUCACAACUUCCGACCUCAGUCGCCUCGUUGACUUCAAUAUCAAGGGAGACGAUGUUAUUGUUUUUCUUCACAUCCAGAAGACAGGGGGCACAACCUUUGGUCGACAUUUAGUGCGUAAUAUUAAACUCGAGAGGCCUUGUGAGUGUCAUGCUGGCCAAAAGAAAUGUACCUGUUACCGGCCAGGUAAAKGGGAAACGUGGCUUUUCUCCCGGUUCUCGACAGGAUGGAGUUGCGGUCUUCACGCGGACUGGACAGAGCUGACCAACUGCGUACCGUCCCUCAUGAACAUGCGUGAGCCACCCAAGAAGCCUACAGUUCCCAGCCGGAACUACUACUACAUCACCAUCCUGCGUGACCCGGUGUGGCGCUACCUGAGCGAGUGGCGGCACGUGCAGCGCGGUGCCACCUGGAAGGCCUCCCUGCACGUGUGUGACGGUCGCUCCCCCACGCUGGCCGAGCUGCCCAGCUGCUACCCCGGGGAUGACUGGUCGGGCUGCUCUCUGAAGGAUUUCAUGGACUGCCCCUACAACCUGGCCAACAACCGGCAGGUCCGCAUGCUGGCAGAUCUCAGCCUAGUGGGCUGUUACAACGACUCGGCCAUGAGCGAGGACGAGCGCUGGGCCGUGUUAUUAGAGAGCGCCAAGCGGAACCUGCGGGGUAUGGCCUUCUUUGGACUGACAGAGUACCAGAGGAAAACCCAGUAUCUGUUUGAGAAGACCUUCCGCCUGGCGUUCAUCGCCCCCUUCACKCAGCUCAACGGGACGCGGGCGAGCAGCGUAGAGGUCGCCCCUGAGACGCAACAACGGAUCCGCCAGCUGAACCAAUGGGACGUGAAGCUGUACGAGUACGCACGGGACCUGUUCCUCCAGCGCUUCCAGGUGGCCCGUCAGCAGGAGAGGAGGCAGGCCAGGGAGAAGAGGCAGCAGGAGAGGAGGCGGCUUCGAGGGAGGCUGGGGUCAACUAGGCUGGGGAUAAGAUGGCCGGUGGCGAUGUGGCCCAYCGACAAGCCCCAGUGGACAGAGACCCAGGCCGGGGAGGCGAUCACCACCCACCUACGACCACCCCCACCACCCUCCCCAGAGAUGAAGCAGGAGAGGGAAGGUGGAGCGGCGGUGGAGGCUGAGGUGCAGCUGCCAGAGUGGUGGGAUCUGGAGGAAAACAGCACCAUGGAGGACUACAUGGACAAUGUGGAACAGUGGCGGUAGUAGUGAGAGGACCAAGCCGAAGAAGGAGUGAGCCACGUGAAUUUUCCAGGCUUGCCUUGUCUGCACAGACAUUAUGAGUGUGUCCCAAUAUCUCCUUUCUCCCGAAGUGUGCACAUYUUCACGUCCAUUCGUGAUUUUGAAAGGAAAUGACUGGUAUAAGAAAAAUGUGGUUUUGCCCAUUGCCUACACCAAUCCAGCGCUAUUAAAUAUUUGGGGGAUAYUGAACAAAUGCACACRUCAGGAACAGAGAGAUAUGGGACACAUCCAUUUUCAAAACUCAACGCUAACCACGCACAGCUCCCUUUAGCCUGCAUCCCAACCUUUAGUCCAGGGGUUCCCAAACAUUUUUGGCCCAUGACCCCAUUUUGAUAUGUGAAAAUUCUCACGACCCCAACCYUGUGAAGUUUACWWUGGCGGUCAAUUGAAAAACAUUCUAACCGUAUUUCUGAUUUUUAUUCUCAACCCACCAUCAUAUCCUUUUUAAUGUGGGGCCAUGACGGUCAAUUGCAAAUGAGUCUGACAAAAUGUAUCUCAUCUCACCACCACUAAUGAGAGGGGUGUGCAUGAGGGGUGUGCAUGAGGGGUGUGCAUGAGGGGUGUGCUUGAGGGGUGUGCUUGAUGCAUGUCGCAUCGGAGCUACUCAAAGUCAGGGGACGUGGUCGACAGUGCGCAUCUCAUCUCCCCUGUCACAUUCAACCUGGAUCGAUAUUUGUUUUUAAUGCAGACGAGAGCACUGAGUCAGCGUACCAUGAGUUUUAAUACUCGGAGGGAGAUGGCACAGUUUUCCCUUUGAGUUAGGUCCCAAAACUCCUCCAUAGUGACCUGUGAAUCAGCUGUGUCAUUUCACAUGUCAACUGCGCCAGGAUCACAGUCAAACGGAUUUCCAUCUGUAUAAUAUUUUUCUAUUUCCCCUGCAUGCUUGCGUUCACUUCCCCAAAUAUGUCUGUUACKUAGGCAAGGAGACACAUUUUCUUUUCAUUACACAGAUAGUCAACAAAGUCUGUUUUUARAUCCAUUGCGAAUGACAGCCGUUCCCCUCUCAAUUCGAAAAAAUCAUUCCAACACUACCCCGCGAUAACCACCAAGCCUCGUGUGAAAUGGAACAUUGUCAUGCUAUGAUCCCAUAUGUCCACAUAAUUUUGCGAACAGGCUUACAGUUUACAAUAAGUUACCUGCUGCAUAUCUCCAAGUUCUGUGCACAGCUCUUUUGCCGCCAGUUGCUCCUGGUGUAUCCAUUAUUGCUCACUGGGUGUGUCAUACAAUGUGUCCAUAUGGCAGGGGGAGAACACAUUCAUAACUAGAGUGCAGAGGCCUGCCCGCCGUCCCGUGAUAGAUGGAUCCCCAACUGUGCAAAAGCCCACCAUUCAAUCCCAUGGAAURUGUUUUUCGUUAAUAUAGCCACGGGGCACACUGAACAUCCCCUGUGCCGUUUCAUGCUCGUGAAUCGUGAGACAGGACAAUAUGUCGUUGUGAAUAGCAUCCCCCGACAUGUAGUGAACAAAAGUCAAUGCAUCUCGGCCCUCACAGCUAGCAUCCAAUUGYAGAGCAUAAGGUGGGGAGUUAUCUGACAAAGGUAUUGAUGUGAGUUUGUGCCUCUUCCUCACCACAUUGUUUUCACCAUUUCAAUUGUGGCCGGUAGUAUCAAAGUCUCUGAAAUAGUGUAUGGUUUCAUAGCAUACUGGGCUUAGCCCUUCACCGUGGGAAUAAUUUUAAGUGCAAUGGUCAAGUGUGGCCUUUUUCAAUGAUCUUAGGGCGCUCUCUGGUUGAAUUUCACCUUUUUAGAAAAUUUGAAUAAUUUUCAUCUCGAUUUUUAAGGAGAACCACAUUACAAUGAUUUUGAGAGACAAAGACAAUAUUUUAACAGGAUUUUGGAAAUUCUCCUGCGACCCCAACGGGGUCACGACCCCUAGUUUGGGAACCGCUGCUUUAGUCCAUGGCCAGUUUUCCGUUUCGCUAUACCUACUUAUGUUUCUUGAAUGUAAUUUUUUUUCAUGUACUUCACUUACCCAGAUUGUGGCCAUGACAUUUCUGAGAGAGAAUACAGGGCUUGUCCCAAUUGGRACCCUAUUCCCUAAUAUAGUGCACUAGUUUUGACUAGAACCUGGUCAAAAURAGUGCACUAUAUAGAGAAUAGAGUUUGGGACAGACGCACCACCAAUCCCAUUCCCCUCACAAUCACCCAAGCCUUCUGAGGAGAUCCCUACGGUUCUGGUGCAGAACUGUUGGUUACUAGUACAGAAAUGUUUUACUUAUAAUAAUUUUGAUAUUGAGGUACAGUGCAGAAGUAUUCAGACCCCUUGACUUUUUCCACAUUUAGUUACGUUACAGCCUUGUUUUAAAAUGUAUUCAGUUUUU